AUGAAGCGAGUGUUAGUGCUGAAUGUUGACUCCUUCGUUGGCAGGGAGGUCUGCCGUCGCUUCUUCGAUGCCAAAGAGUACCUGAUUGACGGUACGCUCUACCACACCUAUCCAUCAAACAAGGGCGAACAGAAGACGCAGACAUCUUAUUGUCUGACUGCAGAUGACGCUGCAGGCGCGGCAGCGGUGCCGCGUGUGGCAGAUUCUGCUGCCUUGUUGGAGACGGAGGUGCCGCCCGAAAUGCAGCCGUUUCUAAACUCUGUGAUGCCGCGUCAUGGGGAGAUUAGUGACGAGCAGUUCCGCGCCCGGGUGCUGACAUACGACAUCAUCAUCGCCAUCCUUGAGGAGGACGCCUUUGAGGCAGACUGCGCUAUCAAAGUUUUUCGUGGUACGCACUACGAGGUGGAGAAGACAUUUGUGCUUGUCUCCAACGUACUGACGUGGACGCAGACAGACGCCCACGAGCGUUACUUGCAACUUGCGGCUCGACGUGCAGAAAGGGAGGCGGCUCGCGCCCAGCGCGACGAGGAUGAGGAGGAGGAGGAGGAAGAAGAAGAAGAAGAAGAAGAAAUGGAAAAGAAGGUGUGGACUGAGGAGGAAUACCGUCAGCGCUACCCGGAUGUUCGCUACCAUCACUGGCGGGAGCUCGAGCACGCGGUGAAGCAUGCUAAUUCGGAGACACUACACACCUACGUCCUGUGGGCGGGGUUGCCAUACGGUGGCGGUGAGGACCUCCUCGCUCCCUACUUUUACGCUGCCUGGAGGAAUCAAGAAAUGCUUCAGUACGGUGAUGGAUCAAACUACAUCCCCACCAUUCAUGUAAAGGAUCUUGCGCGGAUCAUCUACCUUGUCGGCUCCUCGUAUGACACUCUUGAGGAACGCUACAUGUUUGCUGUUGAUCAGGGCAACAACACACAGGCGGAUAUCUUGGAGGGGAUAAAGGACUUCAUUGGUGGUGUUGUCACUGUGACGGCGCCUAGCAUUGACCGUGAGCAUCAGCUUUUAACGCUAUCUCACAAAUCAGAAGAGCCAAUGAGGAUGCCACCGAGUGAACUGGAAAUGGAAGGCGAACUCCAACGUGAGCAUGAUGCCCUCUUGGAUCUGGAGGCGCGGGAACUGCAUAUAAUGGAUGAAGUGAGAGAUGAAUUUUUGAAAGUGCAUGAAAUAGCGUGGCGAGAAAAAAACUAUCAGUCUCAUUCUGGGCUUGGGGCUGAGGAAAGCGAUGACGAUGGCAAAGAACCCUUCUCUAGAGGGGGGCGUGAACCUAUGGAAGAAUCGGUUUUUGCGAUAACUCCACCACAUGGUUUGGCGAACUGGUUUAGCGCGGUUGACGUACGCUGUGAGCCCGGUGCCGUACUUUCGCUGCUUUCAGAGGAGGAGUGGGUCUCGCUUGGAGGCUUCUUUGCGAAUGUUGACAAAAUUGUGCGAGAGUUUAAAGUCGCACGGCAGUCGAGUCCCAUGCGUAUUGUUCUCUCUGGCCCGCCCUUGAGCGGCGCGGGGGAGGUUGCCGGAAAAACUGGCGGAGUUAUUUAA